AAAAAAUGUGUAAUAAAACAAUGAAUACAUCUUAAAAAAAAAAAUACACGAUUGUUAUUAUAUCGUUCAAAAUGUAAACUUCGCUUCGAAAAAUCUCAACCUUACUCGAGCAGUAUGGUACCCCUGGAGCGCUCUCAGAGCAAUACCGAAAAGUUCUUAAGGCGGGACUUUGCGCAAAUGAUUUGGACAAAACCGCAUGUACAGGAAACGCAACCAGUAGCUGGUGGUGGUGGCGAGGAUGGCGAUGAUGGCGGUGGUAGAGGGACACGACUGCCCGAUCGUGACCGUGGUAGCAGUACGGGGUAAAGGUGCGAGCGAGCGAAAAAGUGGCGAAAGGGAAUAAACGAGUGAGAUAAAUCGACGAGUGGGAGCGACUAAGGAAUAUAAACAGUGAAACAGGGAAGAGAUUAUCGUAUCUGUCGUAAGCGGGAGAAGGACAGCUCUACUCGAGGUGGACGGAAAGGGAGGUAAAGGUGGGUGGCGAUGGUGGUGGUGGCGGCAAAGGAGAAAAAGGGGGGCUGCGGAGGUGAGAAGGUAGGAGAACCAGCCUCCGCCAGUAUCCACGUGUUCAGUGUAGUAGCGCGUUAUGACCCGGAUGUUAGAUCGUAGCUGCAGUUUUGCGAGAACCUGCCGACCCGGAUGUCUCGUUCGUCGUCUACAAGUGAUCCGCUACUAAUGUCCUCCUGGUCACCGAAAUAUGUUCAAUCGGAUAGAUGCGAGCAAAUCAACGAAAGGUGCCAGCAAACUUCGAAGGGACCUGAUAAAUGCCGAAAUUGCCAACUUACGUGAUUUACUGCCAUUACCGCCCUCAACUCGUCAGAGACUUUCCCAACUACAGCUUAUGGCCUUGGUCUGCGUAUUUCUUCGAAAAGCCAAUUACUUUCAACAAGCCUUGAAAAACUGUCCGUCCGACUCUUCGAAUAUCCCGACCCCUAACAUUGGAUUUUCAAAAGCCAUGUCCGGAUUUAUAAUGAUGAUGACCCAGCAAGGAAAACUGUUGUAUAUAUCGGAAAAUGCGGCGGAAUAUCUUGGACACUCUAUGGAGGAUUUGCUUAUCCACGGAGAUAGUGUUUACGACGUAAUAGACAAACAAGAUCACAUGGUUGUACAAAAUCAAUUAUCUAGAAAUAGUCCUAUUCCAAGCGAUAGAAGAUUGUUUCUUUGCCGGAUCAACGUAUCCAGAAAUUCACGGAGGCAACUUCGUUUUGGUGAUCAAAAGGUGGUUUUAGUUGAAGGCCAUUUUUUACCUUUCGUUCCGGUUUGUAAUCGAAAUGAGUUUGUUUUCCUUGCUUCGUGUACACCCGUUGUUUUGCCAGAAACGAGAGAAAGUAUUGUGCAGGGCGCAACAAAUAUUUUCACCACCAUUCAUUCUAUGGAUAUGAAAUAUCUUCAUAUCGAUAAAACGGCUGAAAGCCAUUUGGAAUAUACCCGUAAUGAAUUAGUAAAUAUGUCAUGGUAUAAUUUGUUACAUUGGGAUUCGAUACGAACAGCAUAUUGCAAACAUCAAACUGUUAUUCAAUCUGAUCAAGAACGGUCUGCAACUGCAUUGUUGAGACUGCAAAAUCGUUCCGGACGAUGGUUCUGGGUACACUGUGUUUUACAAGUCAAAGAUACUUCCGAAGAAUGUCAACAUCCUAUCAUUGUGUGUACGAAUCAAGUUUUGAGUGACAGAGAAGCGGAAGUAAUGCGUUCAAGUUCCUGGCUGUACCAGUAUUCAUCUCAAACUAAAUUUACUUACACCAUCUGUUCUGGGAAUCAAAACCGCGGUGUGCCAUAUGCUACUGGGAGCCAAAGUAAUCAGCAACAAGAUUACACUCGUUCCUUAUCCCACGCACAUAAUAAUGAUACGCAACAUUCUCCUGAUAUACGAAAUUCUGAACAAGAUUUGCACAAUUCAUCGAAACCACAAUUAAAGGAUUAUGCAACAAGAAAUCCACGAGAAGAUGCAGAACCAGUUGAUAUGUCGAUUAGCAGUAGCGAACAUGAGAAUAGAAAUGUACACGUGAAUGUACAACAUAGCCAUUAUGCACUUGGUCAAUUUACAGAUAGGUACAAAACCCAUCAUAAAAAUUCAUUAAAUUUGAGCGGUUAUCGUGCAAAAUUUAUUCAAUGUCACAGUCAAUAUAAUGUGGAUACAUUGUCGCCUAAGUAUUAUAUCACAGACUUAGAUAAAGAAUAUUGUUGUAAUGACAGAAAUAACGGUCAUAAAAGACUUUCGGGUAAAACAUUAUCAACGUCCACAGCGACAGGAUCGACAACUGAUCCUUCUGAGUUAUCUAUGGAACAUUGGAACUCGAGUCCAGUUUGGUCAGAUACUCUGCAAAGGGUACCAGAUGUUGUUCAUCAAGAACUUAGUCCAUAUGUAGCUACACCAACUACACCGGUUGACACUCCGGAUUCCGAACUACAUGCAGAAACGCCAAUUUUUAAUUUUGAUUGGGCGACAGAACAGCAUGUACCCAAUUUGAAGAUCACAUUUCGUAGUUCGAAUCAGGGACUUAGGAAAGUUCAAGAUGUUCAACCAAUCACGUUACAGUUACCACGGAAAAAGAGCCAGUCAAUGAAUGAUUCUAAAGACUUUCCUAAAUAAGACUGUGCACUUGUUUAAUUGGUGCUCUACAGUUAGAUAGACAAAUAUUUUUUUCUCUUUAAGUAGGUAUAUCUUUGUAAGUUUGAGAGUUCGAGUCUGUAAGUAGAAUGAAAGUUUGUAUAAAGCAGUUGAAGAAUAAAUUAAAAAAAGAAGCUAUGAAGAAUUUAAAAAAAAAAAUUCAAUUUUUAAUUGGUGACAGUUGAUUUAUCCAAUAUUUUUAAUAUAAAAAUA